GUAACCCGUCUCAUGACAGCCAUUUUGUUGUGUUGCCUGGCCGUUGAUUACGGAGUAGCUGUUUACAAUGGAGGUCGUUCAAACCCAACUUCUGCAGAACAUUCAUCAAGAGAUGAUCAACGGUUCGUUCAGUGAUAUACAGGUGAUUUGUAAUGGCGAAACAACAACCGGAAGUCGGCUCGUUCUGGCAGCGUUGUCGCCUUACUUCCGGGCGAUGUUUGCAUCAGGCAUGACAGAGAGUCGGACGGGCAUCCUGAAACUUCCCUCUGUGUCUCUGACAGUAUAUCAGGACAUUCUCAAGAUGUAUUUCUGCAAACUUAAUCUUAUAAACGAUGAGAAUUGCAUGGAUAUUUUAGACGCUGCCGAAAUGAUGCAGCUUGAUCAUAUCAAAAAUCUCUGUAACACCUACCUGAAACAAACUAUCGUAAUAACUCCUCAAAACUGGCUAAAUUGGUGGAGAACCCUGAAAGUCUACAAUUUCCUUGAUUUGUCCAAACGGGCCCUUUCCUGUUUUAUUGAUAAUUUGGCUGAUAAAACGGAAAAUGUUAUUCAGCUGUCAAAGGCAGAACUUUUGGAAAUCAUUUCCAAACAUGACUUAAACUGUAAAGAAGAUGACAUUCUGAAAGUCGCCAUGCAGUGGAUUGAACAUAAUAAUCCGAAACAGGAGGAUGUCCAGAGUAUUUUUGAAAAUGUGCGACUGGAUAUUGUUGACCGACAAUUUCUUGUUAAUGAGGUUGCUUUUACAGAUAUUGUCCUUGAGAACAGCGCUGUGAAGAAAAUGAUGCAAAAUGUCUUAGGUUCCAACGAAGCACGGAAGGCAACUACACGAAUGUCUGCUCUCAAACGACCUGUAGCGUUCGUACUACUCCACACCGACACAUCACUUCUGUCUUGUUUCACGUCGGAAGAGAAGUGGGAAGACGUCUCGCCAGCCCCAGUAGAUCCUGGACCGGGUUAUUCAGCAGCGAGUUUGGAUGAUAAGAUCUACAUCACUGGCGGUUUACAACAAGGUAAAUGUACACUGGUGUAUGACACCAUUAGAAAAGUGUGGAACGUAGGUCCAUAUCUCAACCAUGAACACUGUAAUAACUGUACAGUCACAGCUUGUUCUAAAGUGUAUGUAAUGAGCGGUAGGGAUACCAGUACAAUAGAAGAGAAGAGCGAGAGUGAGGCGCAGUGGCAGGUGGUUGCUGAUUUUGGAUUGGACAGAGUGGGUGCCUUUCCUGUUACAGUUGAUGAGAACGUCCUCGUUAUGGGAGGAGAAAUAAACGAGAACCCGACAGAUCUCAUCCAGUGUUUUAACACUACAAUCCGCGCUGUGACCAAGCUGGAUACAAAGUUGCCUUGUGUAUCCAGUACACUAAGAGGAUCUAUUCACCUACCAGAUGUAUAUCUGUUGGACUAUGAUGGCGAAAUGAUGCACAUUCACGUCACUGACAGAAAUGUAGAAAUCCAGGUUGAGAAUAAACGUACUGGUUUGUUGGAUACAUUUUGGUAUAAACGUCCUGCUUUGUGGAAUAUGUUUGAGUAUAAACGUACAUCUCUUGGGGAUAUGUUUGGUUGUGGCUGUGGUAUCCUUCUUCGACAUGGGAACCUGAUGUGUUUUACAGAAGAUGGAAUCAGUAAAUUGAACGUGGCUGAUUGGCAAGAAGAAGAGGGUACAUUCCCCGAACCACCAAGAAGUGGCGUCGUGUACAACGUCCUCACAGUUUGACACGUGAUAGACUACAAGGUUACGUCAUUAAUCACAGUGUUACUGGAUUGUUGUUGUUUUUAUUCACAGACAAGAACAGUUUAUUUCCCUGUAUAAUAACGGGAUUGUGGUAGACUCGUUCUGAAAUAUAUUCAUAUGACACACACAGGUUGUCCAUUAAUCUAUUGACUGGUGAAUAUUUGUUGAUAUGUUUAGUUAGGACAAAACAUAAGAAAUGAGACUUAUGAGCAAAUAAUCAGUGAACCGUUAUGGUAUAAUGCUUACUUUAAAAAGAAAACACUAUUUAUUGAACAAUGGUAUAAUAAAGGCAUAAAUAUUCGAGGUAUUCUCCCAGAAGCGAGGCUCAUUAUUCCGUUUAUAGAUUUAAAGCACAAAUAUAAUAUAGGUGGGACGUGUUUAGACUAUUAAACAUUAAUACACAAUGUACCUGAAAAUUUGAAAGACAUUAUUAAUCAAAUACCAGAAUAUAUUUGAAUUUUAUGCGAGUAAUGACUAAAAGAAAUAGACUUUCAACAAACACAGUCGUGCUAAGAGCGCAACGCAAACUCGCUGGUCCAGAAUUUUGAAAAUAACUCUCUGGUAUGGACAAAUAUAUACGUAACACCCAGACUGUGUUACAAACAAAUAUCACUAGUUCAUUUUCAGUAUAAAAUUAUUCAUAAAAUAACGGCCACAAAUAUAUAUUUGUAUAAAAGUGGAUUACGCGAUGAUUCAUUAUGUACUUUUUUGUAAACUCGACAAAGAAACUAUAGAACAUUUGUUCGUAAAAUGUCCAAAUGUAAUUCUGGUUUGGAAGAAUUUGGAAAAAUAGAUUUUUAACAGUACAGGAUUCCGUGUAUUUUUCUAAGAUCAAAUAAUAAUGUUUGCUAUACAGAGAGGGCAGAUGAUAUUAAACCAUUUAAUUUUGGUCAUAACACGUUAUAUUUAUAACUCACGACUAUCGAACAAUGUUCCUUUCUUAUACAAAUGUUAGCCUUGCUGAAAGAGUAUUGCAUUACUGAGAAACUUGUUUCAAAAAUAAUUUCUAAUGUGACAGUGCCAAUAUUCUCUAGUGGUGUCGUUAAACAAAACAAACUUUCAUACGGCGUAAGAGAACAUUCCCAUACCAAAUAACUGGAUCCAGCCAGAAGUGGAUUUCCAUUAAGUGAAUACAAAUGUUUAUUUAAACAGUGCGCAAUAAUGUCUAGGUCUGGCUUCGAACCCAUAACCUUUGGCAUAAGGCAUUGUUAUUUGCUGCAAUGAUGCGUAUUCGAUCAUAAUCGUACGUCGUCACUAUCAAACACACGUUUAUUUCAAAACUUACGUCAAUUGUUACAGAAUUAAUCGAAUAUAGUCGAUUACUCUAUCAAGGUUAUAGUUUGUUUUGUUUAACUACACCACUAGAGCACAUUUAUUAAUGAUAGGUUACUGGACGUCAACACAUUUAAUAAUUCUGAAAUGUCCCUUAGAGGAAACCCGCUACACUUUUCCAUUAGUACCAACACGUCUUUUACAUGCACUUCCCUACAAACAGGGCAGCUCAUACCACAACUUACCCCCGAUCGGCCCUACGACCAAAUCACCUAAGGCUAUCACUCUAGCAACUGAGCUAGAUCCCGUCCCUUUCUUUUGAAAACAAACAAUGUAUUAACCUAUUGGACUACUCUUUCCGAUUACCUGAAAGGGAUCCUUUUUUAUGCAUCUUCCCACAGACAAGAUAGUACAUACCAUGGCCUCUGUUACACCAGUUGUGGAACACUGGCUGGAACGAGAA